AUUUAGCCUUGAUAAACACUUUAAAUUGCGAAAAUCAUUCGAUUCUGUUUACAGUUCCCGUAAAUCGAUUACAAAAUGAAGAUAUUAAUAGUUUUCAUUGUUGCAAUUACUGCAAGUACCUCAUUAGCUCGAAGAUACUCGGCAAGAGAAGAAAAACAAAAUGACAAUAAAUCAUUUGCAAUCAUUCCUGAUGAACAAGGCAAUCCACAUUUUGUAGACCUGCGACAGCCAAAAGUGGAUCCCAACGUGACUCUCGCUGACUUAAAUAUUUACUUCUAUAGUCCCUCAGAUCCCACUCGGGGCAUUCAUCUAUCACCUGAGAAUUUUGACGGUUCCAUUCCAUCCGAUGAAUUUGAUCCAUCGAAAAAAUCAGUUUUUAUUGCACAUGGUUGGACUGGAAGCAACACAUCAGGUACAUGUGUUCGCGUUCGUCGUGAGGUACUCAAAAACGGCAAUGCCAACAUCUUCGUAAUUGAUUGGCAUAGAGUCUCGCAUGAAUUCUACACUCUCGCCGCAAUGGGAGUAAAUGAUUUAGGGAAAAUGUGUGGAGAAUUUGUCGAUAAAAUGCUAUCAAAAUACAAUAUAGACGCCAAACUGAUGAUGCUAGCUGGAGAAAGCCUUGGUGGCCAUCUUGUAGGCGCUUGUGGUUCCGCUAUGAAAAAGAAACCUGGUGCAGUCGUGGGUUUGGAUCCGGCCCAGCCUAUGUUUCACGUUGAUGAACCCGGCAAGCGUCUAAGCAUUGAUGAUGGAGAAGUCGUGCAUGUUCUGCAUACAAAUGUUGGAUUUCUAGGAUUUGAAAGCUCGAUUGGUCAUGCAGAUUAUUUUGCAAAUGGCGGUGGGAUUAAUCAGCCAGGCUGUGGAGCUGACGUGGUUGGAAUCUGCGCUCAUGGCAGAGCUCCUGUUUACUUUGAAGAAUCAAUUAAUAGUCACCGAUUUAAAAGCCUUGUGACUCUUUUGAGGAGUAUGAGAAUGGCUCGUGUGACAAUAACCAAAUUUCAUACUUUGGUGGACUUGAUCUGGACUUAGAGGCUAGGGGAGAUUUCUACUACAAUACAAACUCAGAAUCACCAUUUGCAUUAAACUAGAUUUAAAUAAGUUGUAUUAUUUAAUUUGGUUUUUAAUAAAAUGUUAUUUUCUGUUUAAUUUCCAUAAAAAAAAGUCUAG